GUAUAAACAAAUCCUUACAUGAAGUUAACAGCUAAGUCUAACAAGUCUCUACUUCGUUUGAAAGCACAGAAAAAGAAGGUGUUAGUUGACUGAAGUUGUCGUUAACCAUGAGAGGAACAGCUAAAAGCAAGGUGGUGACAUCAGGAAGGCUGGCAGGAAGAGUCAAAGUCCAGCCAGCCAAGAGACGAGUGACUCUAAGUCCAGGACCAGCAACCUGCCCUGAGCCAGCCUACUCUCUGUACUCCACAGAUUCUGAAGACCAGGUCACCCUCUCUCCAUCAAAGGUCUGGACCGAAAUGGCUGCCUUGAGGCAUGUCUUCAGCCUGCAGAAGGCAAGGGGCCCCAGGAAAGGACUUCAAGCAGUUCCAGCGGCACCAGACGCCCACGACAUCCAAGAAGCAACCCACGUCAACCCCCCUGCUGUCAGCGCACACUCCAAGGCCCGUAAGCCCACCCACCUCCAGAAACCGAACCUCAACACCCCGCCGCAGUCCCACCUUACCUGCGCACACCACCAAACAUUCCCCGCACCCUCCACCCGACACUCCAACCCCUCAACCAUCCCCACUUUAGACCCACGCCUCUCCCCCAAGACCGAACUGCCCGUCCUGACCCCGAAAGCCCUGCGCCAGAGGAGCUGUCAGUCAGUCCAGCGUGCACCAGGAAGCACGACUCCAAGAGCAACACGUCAGCCUGCUGUUCCAGCUGCACACUCAGGCGUAAAGCUCCACCCACCUCAGAAACGACCUCACACCCCGCUGCAGUCUCACUUACCUGCGUCACACCACCAAACAUUCUCCGCCGCUACUCCUCCACCUGACACCUCCACCCCUCCACCCCAUCCUCACUUAGACCAGCUGCCUCUCCCCCAGACUGACUGCCGGUCUGACCCUGAAGCCCUGCGUACAGACUGUAAGGCAGAUUUUGAUCGAGAAGAGGAGGACUUUGUUCCAGUGAAAGACAUUAAUACCCAAAGCACGGCCACAGACACACACACAGCUGUCAGACACCCACACAUACACACCUGUACCAUGAAGAUGUUAAACACACAGCUGGAGUCUGGACAGGUUGAUAAAGUCCCUCAGGAUGCACACAGCAUGGAGGACUGCAGUCCAGAAACAGAAGUGAAAGUGAAGACUGUUCAGUAUCUGCUGGGAGAACUCAAGGCUCUAAUCACUGGACAAGGCAGUGUAGCAGAGAGGCUGAUCAGUCAUUUGGAGCAGACUGUGUCCGUACCACAGGUGAAUGGUCACAGUUCAAACAUCCAGAGUGAACCGGACCUAUCAUCACUACACAGCCAGAACACUCUGCUCCGCAGGCGUGUGAGGACUCUGCAGCAGCAGUUGAAAGAGAAGGAGAAGGCAGAGAGACAACAGAAUAUGGAGACACUCUUUAACUCAGAAGCAGGACUCUUCAGAGUCAGAAUCCAUCAGAAUGUUAUAAAGUUGUUGACAGUUCAGUGUCAGACACUCUGGUUAUAAAACAACAUUUUGAACAACACCAGCACAGACAAGAUCCAGCAGAGCCUCCCACUGACCGCAUCACCCAGUACCUGAUGUCUCUAGGUCAGCCGGAGCCCGCAGAGAGAGAAGUAAACACACUAGAGCAAAAGAAACUGACCUUAGUCAAGCUGAGAGACACAUUAUCACGUCCCGAUGUAAAACCUAAAGAGACUUCAGCCUGUCACCAAAACCCUCACAUCGACCAAUCACAUCAUUCUGGCAAAGUCUGGUUAUGUGGUCGACUGUUGAACUCCACGUUGUCCCAGUGUGACGUGGAAUCUGUGUGGUCCAAUUGGAGCGCGAGGUCAGGGUCAACCUUUGACACCAGAGACGAGGCAGCGUUCAGAGAUGGCCUGUCAGCUCUGGAUGCGAGCAUUGCCAGUCUGCAGAAGACUAUUCAGCUGGAUCUGGGGAGGUGAUACACACUCAGCUUCACUUCGCUUCAGCUUUUAUAUGAGCUACUCUCUGUUAUUAUGUUUUCUUGAAAUAUGUUGUAAUGCAUAAUCUCCUUUUUGUAUUUAGCAUUUUUCCCUUUUUGAAGGUUUUAAUAAGUGAUUUUUCAGAUUGGAAAUAAAGCAUU